CGCGAACGGAAGACGACACCGGCGUCAUCCCUAUCUAGAUGUUGUAAGGAACACCGUCUGUAUCUCUCGGCAGCCUUUGUUUCCUUACAACCUACCCUUUGGAAUUUGCCUGUCAACAAACGAACAUCCGACUGUGUCGAGAUAGAUUGCCUCGUUUGCAACUUCAACCGGACUAACGACAGUCCAGUAUUCCUAGUACGAAGUCUGGUGGGGAACACUGUCCCGAGCAACUAUACUCACACUACACGGGACUUGGUUUGUCUCCUCUGCUGCGUAGUUGGUGAGCAUACAGGAUCACGUAGUCGGGAAUCAUGAAACGCCCGACCGAUCAAGCCAAACUCUUAUUUCUGGGCCUCCUCCGGACGGCUUCGGCGUUGGCGACCGAGCCAAAAGUCGGUGCGGCGUCUCUUUCGUACGCGUCGUCCCACACAGCCGCUGCCACGGCGUCGGCUUCCGUCUGGCCGCAUUCGCGUCAGUCGCCCACACAACCGCAGCAGCACAUUACCUUGCGGCUCGCCCGCAAAACGGACAUUCCUGGGUUGCAGGCCUGUAACAUUGCCACGCUUCCGGAAAACUACAAUCCCCAAUUCUACGCCAAUCAUUUGCGCACGUGGCCGGAACUCGCGCUCGUGGCGGAAUGUCACGAAGAACUGGAUCUAGACGCGCGUACUGAACGGGAUAAGAGUCGCCACUCCCCCACUCCACUCUCAUCCUAUUCACCAUUUGGGUACACCUUUCAUCAUCUCGCCAACGGACACGGCAGCAGCCACAACAGUAACAACCCUAGCCGAGACGCGAAGAGUGAAUCCAACAUUGUCGCCUACGUAAUCGGAAAAGUCGAAGAACGUCAAGUUUUGCUCGACGACGACCACUGGCAACCAACCGAGCACGACAUGUACGGCAUGCCGCGUCGCCGGUAUGUGACGCAAAAAUUGGGGCAUGUCACGUCCUUGGCCGUCUUACCGUCUCAUCGUCGGCAGGGGCUGGCGCAGACACUCAUGGAACAGCUGCACUAUCAUUUGAUCUCGUGUUACGGAGUUGACUCAGUGGGUCUACACGUGCGGGUUAGCAACGAAGCGGCGGGAAAAUUGUACUCUCAACACGGCUAUGAGGAAGCGGAGCAGAUUUCGUCCUACUAUCAAGACGGAGAGGAUGCCUUUUUUAUGAAAAAAAUAUUGAGUGACGGCAAUCGCAACCGGCAUGAGAACAUUCCGCAUUUUUCACCGUCCCACUCCUCCCGUUUGAAUUUGUUCGGUGGGGCCUUGCGCAAAACACCCAAGCCGUGGCAAGAAGGGCCCAUGUCGUUGCGAUUGCCCCGGGUUCUAGUAAACAACGGUGGAGUGGCCGCGGAAGAGCCAACGCAUUCGCCGCAAGCAUCACCCACAGAUACCACGCACCGUCGCAACUGUGACAACAACCACGAUCACAUUCCUGAACUUCUAACCGGAACUAUGUAA